CGGCAUUCGGUAUCGCCUUUCGACUUGCAAACGCGGCGACGUAAAAAUGGGACCGCUCGCCGUCGCCAUAUUGCCGGAACCACGGAAGGAUGCGUGUUUAAGACGUCCAACCUUAUACAUGUUUUAGUAGAAAUUUUGCUGGUGGUUAGUACUCGGGCGAUACACUGCUGCUAACUAGCAAGACGAAACAUGCACAGUUGGUGUAGCGCUCUACUUAUAGGAAUGCCUCACGCUGCAUUGACAGUGCAAAAUAUACUCCUAAUUCACACAAUGGCAUUACGGCUCUUAGAUCUCUAGUAGUGAACACACCUGCAAGCGCGACGGUCAAACGAGGAGCAUGAAGAUGGCGAUUAACGGCACUGCAUUUGAAUUCCCCUACAUGGUUUCGGACAACCAGCUGAAAACAAGUGCACUGCUGAACUUUAUCUUCGGCACCGUAUGCCUGGUGGGCUUCAUCGGGUUCCGAGGAACCCUCCGGAGCGUGGGGGGCGUAUACCAGCGCAGACGGGAGCUGUCCGACCUGUUCCUGCAGCCCCCCGCGCUGCUGCUGCGCGGUGCGGCCCGCUGCUGCUCCUGGGCGACUGCGGCGCUGCGGUUGUCGGAUGCGGACCUCGUGCGCAGUGCGGGGUUCGAUGCGCUGAUGCUCAACCGCUGCAUCCUGAUGGGGCUGCACAUGUUCUCCGUGCUCACGGCGCUCAGCCUGGGAAUACUGCUGCCCACCUACUACUCCUUCGACGACGUGGUGUCCCACCGCCUGCACCGCGGCACCAACGUGGCCCAGCUCUCGCGCGCCACGCUGUCCAACCUGCCGCCCGGACAUGCCAUCCUGUGGCUGCCGGCGGGGGCGGUGGUGGGCGUGGUGGGGUACUGCGGCUGGGUGCUGCUGGUGCACUGCCAUAGCUACGCGGAGCUGCGAAUGGCGUACAUGCUGUGUCUGGACGCGGCGGGGACACAACCCCGGGGGCAGCAGCAGGAGCAGGGAGGCCUAGCGGACAGCUGUGACAGCAUCAGCAGCGGUGGUGGCGGUGACGACGACAGCAGCCAUCAAGGGAAGAAGAAGGGGAAGGAGGAGGAGAGCAAGAAGCGGUCGAGUGGCAGCACCAGCUUGCAUGCCGGCGGCAGUGGCAGUGCUGCUGUUGCGGACAUGGUUGGGGUGGUCUGCCGCGGAGGUGAAGGGAGCGCCAACAGCGCCCCAGUCGCCGUACACACUCGAACCCUUCCCCUCCGGAGGAGCUUCCCCUCCUCGGGCGCCCUGCAGGGUGCUGCUGCCGGCUCAGGUGCCCCUCCUCUCCCUCCUCCACCCCCACCUCCACCUGCUACCACCUCCCCUGCCGCCGCCUCGCUGCCUACUAGUCCUCGCAGCACCACCCCGGGCAGCCCCGCCACCACCUCCACCACCUCCCACCUCUUCCACCACCCCCGCCACCCCCACCACAGCCCCCGACGACACCGCCGGAACCACAGCACCCUAGAGCCCUCCCCCGACCCACAGCUGCAGCUGCCCCAGCCCUCCUCCGCCUCUUCGCUACGCUACAGCCGAAGCGCCCAGUGCCUCCAAGCCUUGACCGCAGCCGCCUCCGCCUCCGCACUCGCCUCAGGGGCCCCCGUAACGGUGUCUGUAGGGCCCACAACGCACCACCGGGCAGCAGGGGCGCUGUCGUACAAUCCGGCAACGACGGCGGCAGCGGUAGUGGGUUCCGGAGCCGCUUUUGUUGUUGCUUCUGCGGCGGCGGUGGCGACGCCGUCGCCCAGGAGAAGGGCCGCGAUGCAGGCGUUGCAUGCGGGGGCAGUGAUGUCGGGUGGUGGAGAUCUGGGGCGGGGGCGGGGGCAACAGGUGCGCGCGGGGACGCCUCGAGGGGACUCCUCCUCCUCCUGGGCUCAGCCUCAGCGAAGCGGCGGGCAGCUGGAUGCUGCUCCGGGGGGCUGCGGUGAGACCAACAGCAGACCCACAGAACAACUGGACCCCAAUGCCGGUCUUGGUCCCAAUUUUUGUUUUGGUCUUGAUACUGGUCUUGGAUUGGCAUUGGAGCCAGGGGCUGAUCCCGAGCAGGGUCCCCCUCUGGGUCUGCGGCUGCGGUUGCGGCUGGCGGCUCCCUGGCUGCGACACGUGGUGGUGGGGGCUGCGGAGCGGGCUGCGCGGCACAAGGCGGCGGACAACCUUGUGGCAUGGGUGAACCCGCUGAGGAUGCUCGCCAAGGACCGGGAGGACUGGGCCCGGCAGCAGCUGGCAGCCGACCAGGACCCCGACCCCCAGCUGCCGCCCCCGUCCUCGGGACACCCGCCCGCCGCCACCGCAGCCCACGGUGGAGUGCGAGUGGCAGCGGAGGACGUGUUGAUGGCACUGACGGGCCGAGCCGCGGACGUGACAGACCCAUGGGUCACUGGGGGGCCUACUCCAGCGGGCAGGGGUGCAGUUGGCGGCGGCGGUGGCGGAAGCAGCGGCGGUGGUGGUGGUGAGCGUGUGCGAUGGAGUGACAGCGUGCGGGGUCUUGUUGAGAGCUUGGGGCUCUCCCUAGGAGGAGAGGAGGCGGGUCACGGUCACCGCGAGACCGCCGGGAGUGCGGCGACGGGGCUAGAUGCGAAGCCUGGGUGGGGCAGCAGCGGCAGGAACGAAGCAGGAAGAGGCACGGGUACUUCCCCGCCGUGUACGUCAGGGGCGGGGGUGUCGGCGGCAUCGCCAGCCGGUCUUCGCAGCCAAGCUCCACAUGAGGCCCCGGCGGUGUACCGCUACUGGGCUCCUGAGGCGGAGCAGCGCUGCUUCAACAGGGUGCUGCGGCACCGGCGGAGGCAGCAGCGGCAGCAGCAGCAGGAAGAGGAGGAGGGGGAGUCACCGCUGGCGGCGCUGCAUGCAGGCUCCGAACCGCCGCUGCCGAGCUGCUUCCACUCGCACCUGAACCCCAUGUACGGUCUUGCGGCAUCGCGGGAGACGACGCCGGGAUGCAGUGGCGGCGGUGGCGGCCGAGGCGGCAGCAAUGGCGGCGGUUACGAGGUCAGGAGCUUGGGUGCUGCAGCAGAGGGGCUGGUAGUAGGGGGGCAGGUUGGGCUCCGGCGGAUCGACCCAUGGGUCAGUGACACAAGCCGCAGCCCGCACCGCUCUUCGCCUGUGAAAGGGAUGUUUGAUGGCGCCGUUGACGGCUGCAGCAGCGACGGGGUUACUCCUGCCGGGCGGUUGAGGGCUGUGGGGUGUGAGAGCGUUGGGUUGGGCGGGGCUGCGACGUCUUGGAGCGCUGUGCCCGGGACGUUACGUGAAGAACGACUCGGCGGGGACGGUGGUGGUGAUACCAGCUGCAGCGGCCAAGCGGGGGACAGCAGCGACGGGGAGUCCCCCUCGUCGGACGGGGAGGGAGGCGGCUGCGAGCGCCCCUGGACCGACUGUCAGCAGCAGCCGCUGGUGGUGGGGCGCUGCAACGCGCGACUGCGACAGCUGCUCAAGGUCCGCCACGGCGGCCGCAGCCACCUGGUCAACUGCCACCACUACGCGGUGCUGGUGCGGGAUGUGGUGCUGCGGCCGCUGGAGAGGUUCAACGCGCUGGGGCUGCCCGUGAUGCUCACAGCGGCGUCGCCCCCACCGCAGUCACCGAGGACGAUGACGACGACGACAGAAGGAGACGGGGAUGAAAAUGCCGCCGCCGCUGCGGCGCGCUGUGUGGUGGCGACGGAGGUGGAUGUGGAACAGGGCGGCGGCGCCCGAGGCGGUAUGGGAGCUCCCCGCAGGUUCGGGUUCGGUUGCGGCGCUGCGGCUGAGGAGGAGGGGGAGAAGGCAGAGCAGGAGGCGGAGGUGGACGAGCAUGACCCGUUGCUCGCGGCACUGGGGGACAGCGCGGUGGGGGUUAGUAGCAGCAGCGGAGGCGGCGGAUUCAGGAAAUAUGACAUUGGCCGCCGCUGCCGCCGGAGAAGUGACAUGCCGCUGAGGGACCGUGCCGUACACUUGAUUCACGAGGUCCGCCGCCAGGGGGUCCAUGGCGGGGGCGGCGGUGCUGGCGGCGGUUCGCAGCACCCGUCAACGCGGCGGGAGGAGGUGCAGAUGACGUCAGCCAACGGCGCCGCCGCCAGGGUUGGCCGUCGCAAUGGGUUCAAUGAGGAAGCCGGGAUGGCGGAGGAUGCGACGCUAGCAGACGAGGACAACAACGAGGGCCGGCCGCUUUUGGGCCCCUUCGCGUCGCCUGCAGGCCGUCGCCAAGCUGCCGCCGCCGCCGCCACCACCACCACCAGCUGCUGCUGCUGCACCCCCGGUGUCACCUCUCUAGGUGAUGUUGCCACCGGCACCACCCCCAACGCCGCCUUCACCGGCGCUGGGGCGUGCCUGGGCCAGGUGCCCAGCCCCCCCUCCUGCAUGGAGCUGCCGUACGAUGACAGCGAGGAGGCGGCUGCGGUGGCGGCCUACUACUCGCAGCUCUUCCCGGACAGCUUCCAGCGGCUGGUCCCCGUGUGUAACCACAGGGCUGUUGACGAGCUGCUCUUCCAGUGGACAGCCGCCAUGGAGCAGCUGGCGGCGGCACUGCUGGCAGCCAACAUGGCAGCACGAACUGCCGUACCUCCUGCUCCUCCUUCCUCACUGCACUCCCAUAACCCCCUUAUCCCAGCCGGUGCAACCACCACCAGCACCACCACCACCAUGCUACCAACCCCCAGCCAGCAGCUGCCAGCCCCCGCCGACCUCCCCCCCGCCAGCAGCUGCAGCAGCUCCCACCACCAAGUGGCUGCCGUACGCCGCGCUGCUGCUGCCGUACUGCAGCUGCAGCGGCGCAUUGCUGAGGAGCGGUGUCGUACGCUGCAGCGACCCAGUCGGCGAGCCUACGUGGCGCUGUUCUCCAGCCAGCGGGACGCGGCGGCGGCGGCGCAGUGCAGUCCGCUGGCGCCUCCCAGCAGGGCGCAGCCGCUGCACUUCCGUGCAUGCGCGGCCCCGCCACCCGACUCCGUCUACUGGCCCGCCCUCUGGACACUCCCCACCGGCCGCGCCGCUCGCCUGCUCGCCUCCGCCCCCCUCCUCGCCGUCCUCGCCUUCCCCAUCGGCGCCCUCACCGGCGCCCUCGCCAACCUGCCCGUAGCCGUGUGUGGGGGCACCCCGCAGCUGAACCGCCUCUACUGGCCCUGGUUCUGCAGCUCCAUGCAGGCGGAGGAAGGAGGAGGGCACCCCGCGGGUCUGCUGGGGCGGCUGGCGAAGAGUGCACUGACGGGGUUGCUGCCGGCGCUGCUGUCUCUGGGGUGGAAUGCAUGGGUGCUGCCGAUGGCGCUGUACUUGCUGGCAGCGAUUCAGAGCAGGUGCGUGUCGCUUCCCUCCCUGGACCGGCAGAUGAGUCGCUGGUUCUUCUGGUGGAGUCUGCUCAACAUGUUCCUGGGGGCGGUGGUGGGCGGCGGGCUGUUCCAGCAGCUGGGGGCCUACCUGCAGGACCCGGGCAGGGUGCUGCUCAGGAUUGGAACAGCCCUGCCCACCGCCUCCAACUUUUUUCUGCACUACACCCUCACCAAGGGGCUCUACUCCAACUGGCUGCGCAUCGCCUGGCCGCACCUGGGCUGUAUGGCGGGGGCGGCGGCGAGGGGGCUGGCGGGGGCGGCGUUGCCCAGGUCCUGGCAGGACGUCUUUCGCAUCCACUCGCCCCCCGGCUACCGCUUCAGCUCCUUCUACAACGGCAUACUGCAGACCCACAUGGUGGGUCUCGCCUACGUGGUGACCGCGCCCCUCAUCGCGCCCAUCGCGCUGCUCUACUUCGCCACCGCCUACCUCACAUGGCGCUACGCGGCUGUGUAUGUGUACGAGCGGCAGUACGAGUCGGGCGGCCAGAUGUUCCCUGUGCUGUUCGACCACCUGGUGGGCUGCCUGCUGGUGGCGGAGCUGUUCAGCGGGGCGGUGCUGCUCACCAACGGGGGCUGGGUGCAGGCGGUGCUGCUGUGGGCGGCCCUGACGCCCGCGCUGCUGGCUUUCAGGCGGGUGUGCGUGCGGAGGUACAUCCGGCCUCUGGAGCACCCACCCAUGUCACUGGCCAUGUGUGCCCCGCCCGCCUGCGUGGAUCCCGCGGUGUACCUGCCCCCGGCGCUGCGGGAGGGCUCGCUGGGCUGGUACCCGGAGAGCGGCAAGGUGUGGGAACAGUACGGCAUUCCAAAGUACGUCAUCUGAGUCAGCGGCGGCGAGAGGCGGCUCGGCAGAACCACCAAGGCAGGGCUCUGCCGUUGAAGACGAAGUUAUUAAUGACGUGUACGGAGUAUGUGCGGCUUGGUAGCGCAGGUGUAGAUAGGAAGGUGUGACGCGGCAAGGUAGUGAUAGAAGGCACACAUAGUAGUGAAGCUUGUGCCCUGGUGUAGCGGUGUACGGUACUGUGCAGGUAGGACGUUUUGUUUGGUGAUGACCCUGACGAGUUGUGGCAUGGAAGACCACGACAAUGGCCUGUUCGCAUUCAUCGUCGUCACUGUCACUGCAAUUACCUUACUGGACAACAGUCAUUGCAGCCCUGGCCGUACAAAACCCAACAAGGCUGGCGAUGUGGCGACAUGCUCGACACUCAGCAUCCGCUGGUAAUGCAGAUUGUAAGUGCUCGUCCAAUGUCCUUGGUGCAUAUCGUUACAAUUCACAUUCCUUGGGCAACAACCCCACCAACUAACCGGCAACCGUGACGAGGCGUUGAGGGCACACGUGUACGCAGGGGCACAAACCCCAUGUCGGAGGAAACUAACCACACACGCAACGAACGUAAUAAUAAUUGUAAAGUGGCAAACAGGCAUAUCUGAUAAAGAAAUGAGGGCAAGUAGCUUUGCAUAUCAACUUUAAGGCCCAGCCCGUCAUGCAAUGUAGACGUCGUCCCAGAAGAAUAGGCAACUAGUGCGUCGAAACCAAGAGCACGAGACAUGUUGAGCAAUUGGG